GCUACGGGUCUGAGUACGGUGCGCGGCGGGACGACGAACGAGUUGGGAUGGCAACCGGCUGGGGGAGCCUCUUGCAGGAUGAGCAGCAGCUGGAGGAGCUGGCAAGGCAGGCUGUGGACCGGGCACUGGCUGAGGGAGUGUUGCUAAGGACCUCGCAGGAGCCCAGCUCCUCAGAGGUGGUGAGCUAUGCCCCGUUCACACUCUUCCCCUCACUGGUCCCCAGUGCUCUGCUAGAGCAGGCCUAUGCUGUGCAGAUGGACUUCAACCUGCUGGUGGAUGCUGUCAGUCAGAACGCUUCCUUUCUGGAGCAAACUCUCUCCAGCACCAUCAAAAGGGACAACUUUACUGCUCGUCUUUUUGACAUCCACAAGCAAGUCCUGAAAGAAGGCAUUGCCCAGACUGUGUUCCUGGGCCUGAAUCGCUCAGACUACAUGUUCCAGCACAACGCAGAUGGCUCCUCAGCCCUGAAACAGAUUGAAAUCAAUACCAUCUCUGCCAGCUUUGGGGGCCUAGCCUCCCGCACCCCAGCUGUGCACCGACAUGUUCUCAAUGUCCUGAGUAAGACCAAAGAAGCUGCCAAGAUCCUCUCCAAUAAUCCCAGCAAGGGACUGGCCAUGGGGAUUGCCAAAGCCUGGGAGCUUUACGGCUCAGCCAAUGCUCUGGUGCUACUGGUUGCUCAAGAGAAGGAAAGGAAUAUAUUUGACCAGCGUGCCAUAGAGAAUGAGCUACUGGCCAGGAAUAUCCAUGUAAUCCGGCGAAGGUUUGAAGACAUCUCUGAAAAAGGAUCUCUAGAUCAAGACCGAAAGCUAUUUAUGGACGGCCAGGAAGUUGCUGUGGUUUACUUCCGGGAUGGCUACAUACCAAGUCAGUACAGUCUACAGAAUUGGGAAGCACGCCUCCUGCUGGAGAGAUCACGUGCUGUCAAGUGCCCAGACAUUGCCACCCAGCUGGCUGGGACUAAGAAGGUGCAACAGGAGCUAAGCAGAGUAGGCGUGCUGGAGGUGUUGCUCCCUGACCAGCCCGAGGCUGUGGCCCGCCUCCGUGCCACCUUUGCUGGCCUCUAUUCACUGGAUAUGGGUGAAGAAGGGGACCAGGCCAUCGCUGAGGCCAUUGCUGCCCCUAGCCACUUCGUGCUCAAGCCCCAGAGAGAGGGUGGAGGUAACAACCUAUAUGGGGAGGAGAUGGUACAGGCCUUGGAGCGGCUGAAGGACAGUGAGGAGAGAGCCUCAUACAUCCUCAUGGAGAAAAUCGAACCUGAACCUUUUGAGAAUUGUCUGCUACGACCUGGCAGCCCUGCCCGAGUGGUCCGAUGCAUCUCCGAGCUGGGCAUCUUCGGGGUCUAUGUCAGGCAGGGAAAGACACUUGUGGUGAACAAGCACGUGGGACAUCUGCUUCGAACCAAAGCCAUUGAGCAUGCAGAUGGUGGUGUGGCAGCAGGAGUGGCCGUCCUCGACAACCCAUACCCUGUGUGAGGGCACAGCCAGGGCUGCCUGGACUUCGAUCAAAAGACCUUCUAUCCUUUGUACUUAUUCCUCUCCUAGCUGCCCUCCCACUACCUGGGAAGGCUAGUCUCUUCUAGAGAUUUUCAGGGUCUUCAUGGAAGGGUGAAUGCUGGGUCCCUUCCCCAAGCUCUCCCAUCUGAGGACCAGAAAAGCUGUGGUUUCCCUUAGGUAUGAUCUAGGGACCCCUGAAUCCUCAGGGUAUAAGUAUACCUCAGAAGAAGCUGAUAUGACCUAAGGGUCCCUAACCCGGCCACCCUCCUGUCAGCCCCUUGUCAGCCCUUUCAGCAGGUGUGUCUGAUCUGGGAUAGGACUGAGCUGAGGGGUAGGAGGAAAAGGGUGGAAGGGCACCGCCUUUCCCCACCUCUGCCUUAAAUAAAACUACUUUGCUGAU